AUGGCUCAGGUGGAGCCGUGCGAUGGCCUUGCCUUACUCAAUGUGGAGAUGAUGAGGCCGAUCCGCGUCGGUGAUAAGAUUGAUAAAUGCUGGGCGAUGUCGGAACUUGUGCGCCCCUGGCCCUACCUCGCUCAAGACAUCCGGGAAGUGACGCACAACGUCCAUUCUAUGUGGGCUGGUGGGGUUCCAGACCCGUGGUUCCAGCGCUAUACUCGCUUCCCUCUUACUCGCGUGCGGACUAUUGUCCACUAUCGUCUACUUGCACCAGGCUGCCGGUGUCACCCCGGACAUAAACCCCUCUUGCCCCAAGCACGUCGACUGGCCAGUGCAGCGUCUCUAUCCGACCUCGACUAUGCACGAAACAAUACGCCCGCGACAAUGUCUUCCAGCUCCCAGCACGCCAGGAAAUGGUCGACGAUGCCGAUCGACACGAAUGCGGCCCCGUUCUUGAGCCUCGACUACGAGGAUGAGGUUGUUUACGAGGACGACCAACGCCAAACCAUCAAACACGCCUCCAUCUGUGGGCUGGUUGAGCAACUGACACGCCACGAUCGGCUAGAUGUUUCAUUCAACGAGACCUUUCUUAUGACCUACCCGACCUUCGUCUGCGGCCGGGAACUCUUUGAGAUUCUCCUCCAACGACUGAACAUGCCCCCACCUCCAGGCCUCAGCGACUCUGACCUCUCACGAUGGACCGAACAGAAGCAGAAGACCGUCCGCUUCCGUGUCAUCAACAUACUCAAGACCUGGCUGGAGCGGUACUGGAUGGAACCACCCACUGAAUCAACAAUGGACUUCCUCCGACACAUCCACGCCCACGUUCAACCUCUCGCCAACGUUCCCACUGCCUCGCAACUCAUCACCAUCAUCGAGCACCGCUUGAAGGGUCAAGACAUCCUCAAACGUUACAUGACUCCCCCAAACAGCACCGUGCCGAAACCACUUACCCCGAGGAACAUGAAGAAGCUCAAGCUCCUCGACCUGGACCCGAUGGAGAUCGCUCGCCAACUUACCAUUAUCGAAUCACGUCUCUUCGCUCGAAUCAAACCUACCGAGUGUCUCAACAAGUCGUGGCAGAAGAAAGAUACCGAUAGACCACUAUCUAUUCCUCCCUCACGCCGCACCAGCACCAGCACAACCAGCAGCACCAGUUCUAUCGAACGCACCACCGGUGUCAACGCCACGAUUCUACACUCCAACCAGCUCGCCAACUGGGUGGGAGAGAUGAUCCUGGCCCACGAUGAGAUGAAGAAGCGUGUCUCUAUGAUCAAGCAGUUUGUCAAUAUUGCCGACAACUGCCGUACCCUCAACAACUUCGCAACCAUGAUGUCCAUAAUCUCCGGCCUAGCCACAAGCCCCAUCUACCGUCUCCACCGCACCUGGACGCAAGUGAGCCCCAAGACACGCAAACUCCUCGAAGACAUGCAAAGCCUCAUGUCCAGCGACAAGAACUUUAUCAAGUACCGAGAAAAGCUCCGCGCAGCAGGCCCACCACGCAUUCCCUUCCUCGGAACCUACCUAACCGACCUCACCUUCAUCGAAGACGGCAUCCCAAGUCACACCCCGCCCCCGAACGUGAUGAUAAACUUCAGCAAGCGGAUCAAAGUCGCUGACACCCUGCGCGAGAUUGAAAGCUGUCAGGCUGUCGGGUACAGUUUGCUUCCUGUGCCUGAGAUACAGGAGUUUAUUGUCCGGAAUGUGCAGGCGGCGGGAGGUGAUGUCGAGGGCAUGUAUGAGAGGAGUUUGACGUUGGAGCCGAGGAUGGCUGGUGAGGAGAAGAUGAAUAUGGGGCAGCUGGCGGUGGGUAUGGUUGGGAUGAAUAUGGGGAGGGGAGGGUAUAUUUCUACAGGAAGUCAUAUGAGUUCGGUGGUUAUUGCUAGUAUGGCUUUGCGGUAG